AUGGACUUCUGGACUAUCUGUCCAAAAGAACUACUCAAGUUGACGCUGGAAGAGCAGCAAAGUAAGCUCGCUCGAAGCUUUCUUGCAGCCGGAGCUCCUGUAUCUGGUGAAGGGAAGGUGUUGCUAAGCACACCUGCUGAUAUGGAGCUUCAGCUGCAGAAGAUUGUGAAGAGUCAGAGUUUUGACGAUCUGAAGGCUCGAGCAAUGGAUACGCUGCAACUUACGCUGCAACAAACGAAGUCUCUUGUGAAGGAUACAGCACACGAGCUGGGACUUGGUCACUACGUGACUGAGAGACGACUACCUUGGUCUUCUGAGACUCAAGUGGAUGAAAAGGAGAGCAGAAAGCGCGAUGAUACAGUGGUAGUGGAAGCCAACGUGGCGACGUGCUCGAAUCGGGUGCAGCAGACUGUUUUAAAGCUGCACGAAGUGCUGACCAAGCACUUCAUCCCGAAGCUGGACGAGCUGUACGCUCUGGACGCAAAUGACGACCAUGUAGACGUGACGAAAGGCGAGCACUUGUUGUCCUUCUUUGAGAACGAGGUGGAAGAACUGGAACCUGAAGAUCAAAAAGUCCGUCUGAAGCUGUAUCAACGUCGUCGACUCACCAAGUUGGUCCAAGUACUUGACAUGAUCCUGAAGGCGUCAGUGCGUGUACAAGUGAUGGACGAAGACCGUAACGAGGUGGAUGGAUAUGUAGGCACGGCGUGUAUCCCGCUGAUGGAUCUGCUUGACCAGCAGCCGCAUGACGACGUCUACGAGCUUCUGGGGAAGAUACGCUUGCGUCUCCACUUGAAGGUGUCGGAGAGCUCGUUCUUUGAGCAAGCGAUCGAGGUCUACAAGGUCUGGAAAAUCAAGUAUAUCGCGCAACACGAAGCAGCACGCAGACGUAUACACGACACUGUCGUGCCAGCGCAACGUCGACGCUGGACGACUAUGAAAGGAUACCUGGAUGAGCUGACGUUACAAGCUUAUGGCAGGCUACACUGGGAGCGUACACCGGUGCUGCUUAGUCUCGUUUGGGACAUCUUUGUCUUGCAGGAGAGUGUUACUCCAAGCAAGAAAUCGGAUGUUGAUGAAGCGGAAUAUACCCAAAGCGUGGCAAAAAUGGCAGAUACGUAUCGCGGGGCAGUGAUGCAAGUGCACACACGUUGGGUGAACCUGCAACCGAAGCUGGACGAGCUGUUGGUGAUCCAGACUGCCACCCAGAUCCACGCCCAGCGAACGCCAGACAUUCUUGACGAUAUCGAGAAAGAGAUUGACGGACUCGACGUAGGACUCAGCACGGCGUGGAAGCAGGUCAAGCAGAAAUGGCAGACGUUGCUGGAUGUCUUGGAGGAGCUCGUGAGGAUGAAUCAAGGCAAGCUCAACUUGGCUCGUGCGCCACAGCUACUAAGUACCGUCGAGCAACGUUGCAGUAAAGGACUCAACACGCGCCACGCAGACGCCGUCUCGCAGAUUCAGUCUCGUUGGAUGGCGAUCACGCAGCCUAAUGGACCUUUAAGUGAGCUUCGGUUGAUGGAGAAGAAGGUUGUGCAUUGGCGACGCACACACGAGCUAUUGCUGCUACUUGAUGAACAAUGCGACGGCUUUGCAGACGUCGAUGCCAGAGCGCUGGAAACGGUCCAAAAGCGAUGGGAACAAGUGCAAGAAUGGCUCCAUGAGGUGGUGCAGAUGCAGUCGCAACACUCGAUUGAUAGUGAACACACACCCUUUAUCCUCGAGAAGAUGCAGUUGUCUCAAAGUGAUACUGAAGACAGUGGACAAUUGCAGGGCAUAGCGGAAUGGUAUGCUAUCGAAGAAGCCAGGUACGAACUGGAGCGGAUUCCUUAUCAUCGUAUCACGACGGAUACCGACAAGAAGAACUGGUUACCGUUCUCACGUGAUGGCAAAGACACACGUCUGCUGAUAACUCAGGAAGAAAUGAUCUUCACGUCUGCGAACGUGCGUCUGGCACUGGAAGAUCGUGGCGUCAUUCCAAAAACGUCAACGGUUGAUUUCAACGCUGCGUCGACGUCUAAUGCCAAUGCAAAGGACGAUGCGUGGGUCAAGUCGUCUCUGUUGGAUGCCACGUCCGGCUCUCAGUCGCGCGAUAACAAUCGACCGCUCACGUUACCGAACCCAGAACGUGUCGCGGAACUCUACCAAGCGAUGGAAAGUCUCGGGAAAACGGAUUUGCUCUGGAAAGUCAGUCACGCGGUGAGUAGAAACCAUGAGCUCGCUGUGCCGGAAAACUACCAAAUUUUGCUGCGAGAGAUGACAAUUCGCCAGAUUUCUACGACUGAAGUUGAGAAUCUGAUGAAGUCGCUAGUAUGUACAUUGCAGAAGGAGGCGUUAUUGGCCAAAGGUAUCGCGAUUCCGAGCAUGGCGAGCCCCAUGACAAUUGCUCAGUUAAUGGACGAACACGAUAUCAAGGUCACUGUACCACAGGAUGUAAAUUCUAUCCAAACGCUACUUGAGGAGCGAGGAAUGGACCGCAAGGGCGAGCCCGUCAUGCUUCGUGGAGUUCGUAUUGGUACUCAGACGUCCAAUACCAAGGCUAUCAACACUGGAUUAGGUAUUAUUGACACACAGAUCGAGGCUCUGCGUAGAAUGCUGCUGUUCGAAGCGCUGCGUAAGCGGAACUCUCUGGUGCGCUCUUUUGCGGGAGAAUCUCAUGUGCUCGAUGAAGAAAGCGAGCGAACAGAAGCCGACAUGUUCGCUGCUGCAGUCGAGAACGCCGAAAUCGAUGUAAGUGGAGACUACCUGACACUUGUCGAGCGCUUCCAGCGACUGUUAGUGCAUGAAUCCUACACGAGACGACUAGCUGAGUACGCAGCUUUGGAUCGUUGUAUGCGAGCUCUUCUGGGCAAAUCUAGGGACGAAGCUGUGACGAAGGAAGAGAUUGCCAUGGAACUACACAACGUCAAUAAGCGCGUUAUUGGCGCCAACUAUCGACUGCCUCCCGAGGCUUUCACGAGAGAAGAACUGCUCCAAGCUGUCGCUACUGGAAGAAUUCGUACGCCGAGCGAUGAAAUGUUGUCUCACUGUCCAAAAGGGGAAAAUGCUAGCGCGAUGGCACACUACGCGGCUAUUAGCUAUGCUGCUAACGUGUUCCAAGAAGUGACGAGUUUCCGCUCACGAAUGGAUCUGGCCAAGGGCCGACUGCAAGACACCUUCCCGUAUGACGAAUGCAGUAGUCUGGAUGGUGUUCCUAUCCCCAAGCAGCGAACGCGCCAUACAUUCAGCCAGUCGAUCGCCGACUGGCUGCUUGGCUUUGACGCGUCAACUUUAAGUAUCAAGCGGAAGCUCAGUGCAGCGCAUCGCCAACGACUGGAGUGGGCGUCAGCAGCGUUCACGCUACGUAGCCGCUGGCUCCAACGUGGACUUGGGUGGUGCGAUCAUGAGUUUGGAGAAGGCGUGGGCGUCAAAGUCCUACUGGAUCGUCUACUAGUGUUUGAGGCUGCGAACAAGAUGGACAUGGUGAAGACGGAAAAACUACUGCGAGAAGUUCGUGACAAGUGUUCGAGAUUGAGAGAGCGCGAGCAAGAGGCGCAAACGAAACUGGAAGAACGAUACCAGACGAACCUUACGUUGCUCGAGAAGCUCGUGACACAUGCGGAACGGUGCAUGAACAACCGCAAACUGCACUCAGAAGAGACGCCAGUGUUGCUACAUAAGCUCGAGCAGGUGUGUGUGGUGCCCAAGGGACUGAACGACCGUCAUCGUGAAGCGUAUCACACGGUUGCCACGCAUUGGCUGCCACAUCAACAACAUCUCGCGGAGCUUGUGAAGAUGCAUAGGGAAGGCACGUUCAGCAUCACCCGAACGCCAGAGUUGCUAGGCAAAAUGCAGUAUCACACGGAAGGUAAGGCUGGCUCGGAGGAGUUGAGUGAAGACCAGGUGGCGGCUUGUGCGCAGCAGGUGGCUCCCGAGUUACAGGCGACGUUUGUGGACCGGAAGCUGAAUGAAGUGCGGCUAGGACCGCGGAAAGAGUCGUCUAGUCUACGUUUGGAUCUGGAUACCGAAGACCAUAGCGUCGAUCAACCAGCGGACGAUACAGCAUGGAAAGAGCUAUCCCCUUCCAAGCGAACGGUACAGCCUUUGUCACCAAAUGAGAAGCAGACGAGCUGGAAGGUUGUGAGGAACGCAGUUGUAGUGAACGCGGCAUUUUCAGCAGCAUCCCCGAGCAAAGCCAAGCCAAAGGUGGAGAUAGCUCCUAAGGUUGCAAGCCAACCGACUUCUCCACGCCGGAAACUCUCGUUAAGUGAGGAGCUGAAGGAGUUAUUGCGAUCGCCUACGCAAUGGUUUACUAGCUCAGGACAGCACGAAAGGAGUAUCCCACCCGAACUCUAUUUCCCCUCACAACUUGUCUUGGAUACAACCAUCGAUUCCCCAGGCAAUCCCACAAUAUAGGAGAUUGUUUUUAAUGAAUGAAAACUAUAUUUCUUU